GACUGUAGCGGACGUGUAGAAAAAUCGCAUUCACAAAAAGUUUACCGUUUCCUUUUUUUUUCCCGAGCCAUUGGCCCGCUAUUUUUCGCAGGUGUUCUCCUUGUCGAGUGAAACAGUUUUUUACGUUGUCAUCAGACGACACGAGAUUUUUUGUUUUUUGAAAAUCGUUUGAAACUGACCGGGAGCGAAAAUUGCUUCUUACAACUUGUGCGAUAGUCGCGUUUCUUUGAGAAUGGAAUUACGAUUCGCCGUGCUGGUGUUCUUCUUUGCCGCCUUUUGCGUCCAAACCUCGAUGACCCAAGGGAUGCAGCAAUUCGACCGAGAACCGCAAUACACCGAAGCCAAUCCCGGCGAGAUCGUGAUCAUGCCUUGCAGAGUUUUCAACAAGAAAGGCCAAUGUGUCUGGCAGAAAGAUGGCAAACCGGUCGGAAUUUACCCUGGGAAAUACGAAUGGGUCAGUUCUCCCGAUUUGGGCGAUUGCAGCCUACGGAUAUCCGCCGCCCGCGCCGAUCUGGAUGCCGGAGAAUGGGAAUGCCAGGUAACCGCAUCGUCAUUCGAUGCGCAGGACGCCUUGACCUCCGACCCGGCCCGGCUCGUCGUUCGAGUUCCGCCUAGCCCUCCGCAACUGGAAGUGGAACUGAGCCCGAUCGCCAACGGUGGCAACCUGACACUGUCUGCGGGUAAAGAGGCCACGAUCCGGUGUCUGAGCCGCGGCGGGAACCCGGCCGCCAACGUCAAGUGGUUCCUCGACCAGCGCGAACUCGUCGGCCAGUACAACCAGACCAACACGACCGACAUUGGCAAGGUCAAAACGUGGAUGGCCGUCUCGACGCUCACCUACACCUUCAACAAGACGGAUCACUCGAAAUUGCUGAGGUGUGUCGCCCUCCACGAGGCCUAUCCGACCAAGAGCCGGGAAUCGUCCGUCACGCUCGACAUCCACUACGCUCCGGAAGUGUCUCUAGUCGGGACUCCGACGGUCGACCUAGAAGAGAACAUCGAUUCCGUCUCGUUGCGCUGUCUGGCGGACGCCAACCCUCCGGCCACGGUCAUCUGGCGCCGAGUGGGUGGCACUCCGAUGACGAACAAAGCCCCGUCGGCCGGCAGCAUGGGCGACAUUUACAGUUUCCAGGAGACGCUGGAAUUCUCGCCGGUCACGCGCAAAGACUCUGCCACCUACUCGUGCGAAGCUAAAAACACGAUUGGAACUUCCAAUCUCAUCACCAUCCCCAUCGACAUCAAAUACUCGCCGAUGAUCGUCAACGUCGGCCCGGCUGUUAGCCAACAAUUGACAGUCACGCUAUACGAAUCAACUCGGCUCGAGUGCCAAGCGGAAGGAAAUCCGGCACCGCGCUACCAGUGGCUCCAUCGGCGGCCUAAAGACGGCGAGGAGGAUAUUGUCAUCCGGUCGGAAGACCGUUACUUGCACAUCACCAAUGUUACCUACGAACAUCAGGGCGAAUACAUUUGCAUCGCCACCAGCACCAUCAACGGCCUCGAGCGGAUGGUCCAGAGUGAAGCCAUUACCCUCCGCGUUGUCGGACCUCCGCAAGUUUUGAGCGAAGUAUCAUCGCGAUUCAUUUCAGUUGAACGCGGAGAUGAUGCCGUCAUCCGGGCUGUUUUUUGCGCCGAUCCACGUCCCAUCCGGGUGUCUUGGCGUUGGGCCGCCUUCCAAAUGGAAGCCGGCAGCGGAAGUGGACGCUUUGUCGCCGAAGCCCUACACAAGGUCUCGCCCGCUAUUCUACCUACCCCUCCCGCCGUUGUAGAACUCGUGGCUGACGACGAAGAUGACCAAGACGUGAUUGGCAGCGCUGGCAACACUGAAUCGAGCAGCACCAAUUCGGCUUACGACACUCUAGAAAGCACAAGCACGACGCACCAUCCUCGUAGCUUAGAAGUUGUACCCACCGCUCAAGCUCUGGUUGCACGUCCGCCUCAGGCCGUAUUCACUUACCCGGGGAAGCGGGACGAAUGCUACGAGACGCGCUUACGGAUCCAGCGCGUCGAAAUGAACGACGCCCGCCACUACUAUCUGACCGUGGAGAACGACAAGGGCUCGGAUUCAUUCUACGUCACUCUGACUGUCAAAGUAGAACCUGUGUCUAUGGCAACCGUAAUCGCCGUGGUGAUCGCCUGUCUCUUUCUCAUCAUCGUCGUCACGCUGUGCCUCCUCUACGCCUACCGAUCGGAGCGAUGCUGUUUCAAUCGUAAGGGCGGCUCCAAGUCGACCGAUCUGGAAAGUAUGAAGAGCGAUGUGGAAAGUGUACAUAGUAGCAGUCAGUGCAGCAGCGGUAAUAAUAGUGCGACGAGCCAGACGAGCAUCAAUCGAGGCGGAACACAACGGAGCAGCGUCGGCCAAACAAAGUGCCAUGUGAGUAAAACGACGUGUUCUUCCUCUUCCAACUCGAGCAAUGUCAGUGCGUCGAGUAAGAAGCUGAUUAACACCACGCCAGAACCACCUGGUGGCGGCCAAUACAAAACUAACAUCUUCAUAAACGGUCCCGUCACUUCGACUGCUACUUCUACCACUUCUCUUCCUCCUACUACUACUACCACUACCAUAACCACUAAUCCGUUAUCGGCGCUCAAUGGAGAAAGCAUUGGGAACGGCGGUGUCGGAUUCACGAGGUCUCCUCUACGCGGAUCUGCAAUUGCCAAAAACCAGCAAUAACGGCUCGAUGAAAGUGAAGAAUCACCACAGACAUUUGCAUAAUUUGCCAACGUCUUCGUCGUCCUCUUCGACGUGCACAUCUUCGUCGCCGCAACAGCAAUGGAGCCAACUGAACCGAACUAAUUUUUCUGACCGGUCACUCGAUCAGACCAUCGAUACGUUAGACACAUCUCUAGAUCGAUCUCAUUCCAAAGUCGAUGUUUA